CGCUGCUGCUACUGCUGCUCAUGGCGCCGCCUCCGCCCUCGCUCGCCUCCUCCGCGGCGCUUCUCCUCCUCCUCCUGCUCCUCGCCGCCGGCCCUCAUGCUGCCGUUGGGGAGGCUGUGAGGUACCAGACCCUCGUUGCCACCCCGCUCUCGCCCCACCCGUACACCGCCCCCGCCUCCGCCGCCGUCGAGGAUGACGAUCUGUUCCAGGGGAGCCUUGCCGCGGACGAGGGCGCCGCCGCGGCGGCGACGGUCGGCCUUCGCGUCGUCCACCGUGAUGACUUCGCGGUGAACGCCACCGCGGCCGAGCUGCUCGCGCACCGGCUGAAGCGGGACAGCAAGAGGGCGUCGCGGAUCUCCGCGGCCGCGGGGGGUGCUGCGGCUAACGGUACGCGCGGCGGCGGCGGCAGUGGGUUCGUGGCGCCGGUGGUGUCUGGGCUGGCGCAGGGGAGCGGGGAGUACUUCACCAAGAUCGGGGUGGGGACGCCCGCGACGGCGGCGCUCAUGGUGCUCGACACCGGCAGCGACGUCGUGUGGCUGCAGUGCGCGCCGUGCCGCCGCUGCUACGACCAGUCCGGCCAGAUGUUCGACCCGCGGGCCUCCCACUCGUACGGCGCCGUCGACUGCGCCGCGCCGCUUUGCCGCAGGCUCGACUCUGGCGGCUGCGACCUGCGCCGUAAGGCGUGCCUCUAUCAGGUCGCCUACGGCGACGGCUCCGUCACCGCCGGGGACUUCGCCACGGAGACCCUCACGUUCGCCGGCGGGGCUCGCGUGCCGCGAGUCGCCCUGGGUUGCGGCCACGACAACGAGGGUCUCUUCGUCGCGGCGGCGGGGCUCCUCGGGCUCGGCCGCGGCAGCCUGUCCUUCCCUACCCAGAUCUCCCGCCGCUUCGGCCGGAGCUUCUCGUACUGCCUCGUGGACCGCACCUCCUCGUCGGCCAGCACCACGUCCCGGUCCUCCACCGUCACGUUCGGCUCCGGCGCCGUGGGGCCCUCGGCCGCCGCGUCCUUCACCCCGAUGGUGAAGAACCCCAGGAUGGAGACGUUCUACUACGUGCAGCUGAUGGGCAUCAGCGUGGGCGGCGCGCGCGUCCCGGGCGUCGCCGAGUCCGACCUCCGCCUGGACCCAUCCACCGGCCGCGGCGGCGUCAUCGUCGACUCCGGCACGUCCGUGACCCGCCUCGCGCGGCCGGCGUACGCCGCCCUGCGCGACGCCUUCCGCGCGGCGGCCGCGGGCCUCCGCCUCUCCCCGGGCGGGUUCUCGCUGUUCGACACGUGCUACGACCUGAGCGGCCUCAAGGUGGUGAAGGUCCCGACCGUGUCGAUGCACUUCGCGGGCGGCGCCGAGGCCGCGCUGCCGCCGGAGAACUACCUGAUCCCGGUGGACUCGAGGGGCACGUUCUGCUUCGCCUUCGCCGGGACCGACGGCGGCGUGUCCAUCAUCGGCAACAUCCAGCAGCAGGGCUUCCGCGUGGUGUUCGACGGCGACGGCCAGCGCCUCGGCUUCGUGCCCAAGGGCUGCUAAAAUCACAGCACGCUCUGCGCAAGACUAAUUAACCGGAGUACGUACGCCUUGGUUAGUCAUAAUUAAGUACUAAGGGGUUUGGUUUAAU